GCCAUCACAGACGAUGAGAUGUCUGACCCUUUGUCCGGCGACGACGAAGAGGUUCUUCCACCAAAGAAGCCCGCAACCAAGAAGUCUGCCGCCAAGUCCAAGGCCAAGCCUGCCCCAGAAGAGGUUGAAGAAGAUGUCAAUGGCCAUGUUGACCCCGAAGGCGACGACGAAGACGAGGACAACGCCGACGAAUAUGUCGUCGAGAAGAUCUUGAAGCAUGCUUUCGACAAUGGCAAAGACUGCCUCUACGAAGUGAAGUGGCUUGGUUACGAGGACCCUGACGACCGAACAUGGGAGCCAGAAGACAAUCUCUCGGGCGCUAUGGAUGUCCUCAAGGCUUACUGGAAUAAGAUCGGUGGCAAGCCACAGGCAAAGCCAAAAACGCCAGCAAAGAAGGGCACCAAGAGGAACUCCUCGACUAUUAUGAGUCGAAAUUGUACGGCAAUAUCUCCAAACACAACCGCCGAAGACGUUCCACUGACAAGGCCUAGGGUCUUCAAGACAAACAUAGAUGCCGACGAGUAG